UGCCCGAUCACCACUCAACGCGGCAACCACACCCCCAACAGAUGGACAACCCAAAGACAACAGCAGAUCUACUCCUCAAACCUCCUCGACGCCCUCCGCCGGGCUUCCCGUGCCAACUCAUUACCUCCGCCGUCCCAGAGGUCCUCCGCCGGGAGCAGGGGAAUCCGCGAGGUCGCUGACCGCGUGCUCGCCACCUCUGCUCGGGGAACGACUCGGUGGAGUCGAGCGAUCCUCGCGAGUCGACUCAGGGCUAGACUGAGGAAGCACAAGAGAGCGAAGGUCCCCGACGGCGGCAAAUUAAGGAAACUGGAGUCGGGGAGGGCGAAACCGCGACGGCCGCCGGCCGUGGAUGAUAGAGUGCGUGUUCUGAGCCGGUUGGUUCCCGGCUGCAGGAAACUGCCAUUUUCCAACCUUCUGGAGGAAGCGACCGAUUACAUAGCCGCUCUGGAGAUGCAAGUUCGAGCCAUGACCGCUCUCACCGAAAUCCUCACCGGCUCGCCGCCGACUCCAGUUUAAACUUGGACUCGUCCAGUUGAGUCCCAAGUCAACCCCGAGCCGAAUCGCGCCAGGUGUUGUUAUUACCUUCUUACUUAUUUUGUAUUUUAUUGUACACAUUUUUUUUUUUUUGGAGCUUUUUUAUAUAUUUUAAUAUUCAUUAUU